AUGACAGAAACGGAAAGAUCCAAUGAAUCUCUCCUGGAAGAGAUAGAAAACUUGAGAGUAGAGAAUGCGAAGUUGAAGAAUGAUCUCUGCUUGGAGAGAAGCUUGAAUAAUGCUAGUGACUUGCCGAUGUCGUUGGAUGAGUUUAAGAGAUACGGGAGACAGAUGAUUGUUGAUGAGACAGAGGGGCUAAUGGGUCAGUUAAAGUUGAAAAAUGCUAGUGUUCUUGUUAUUGGAGCCGGAGGGUUAGGAUGCCCAUCUUUGCCAUACUUAGCAGGUGCUGGGAUUGGAAAAAUCGGGAUAGUUGACAAUGAUACCGUAGACACUUCAAAUCUACAUAGGCAAGUUCUUCAUGAUACAAUCAAAGUUGGUAUGCUCAAAUCUGAAUCAGCUAAACAAGUUUUGAACAAGUUAAAUCCACAUGUAUCAGUGACAAGUUAUCCUGUCAGACUAAGUAAUGAAAAUGCUUUUGAUAUAUUCAAGGACUACGAUGUCAUUCUUGAUUGCACCGACACACCAAUGGCCCGCUAUUUGAUAUCCGAUGUGGCAGUUAAUUUGGGAAAGCCUGUUGUAUCUGCUUCUGCUUUGAGAACUGAGGGACAAUUAUCUAUCUUCAAUUUUGAUAAUGUGGGCCCUUGCUAUAGAUGCUUCUACCCAACUCCUCCUGCUCCAACUUCGGUGUCAUCCUGCCAAGAAGGUGGUGUCUUAGGACCCUGCGUUGGGCUUGUUGGUGUGGCAAUGGUGGUUGAAGCAUUAAAGCUAUUACUUGGCGUGUACACCAGAGAGAACUUCAAGCCGUUUCUACUUCAGUAUUCUGGUUUCCCUGAUCAGACUCUCCGUAAGUUCAAAAUGAGGGGUAGGAGGGUAGAUUGUCCAGCUUGUGGAACAGGCAGGACUGUAACAAGAGAAUCUAUCGAAUCAGGCAAAAUAAAUUAUCAAUCAUUCUGCGGUAGCCGUAACUAUAGUGUUUUAACUGAGGACGAAAGAAUCGAUGUGCAUAAAUUUGAACGGGAUUACUGGAAUUCAUCAAAGACCAAGCCUUACGUUUUGCUUGAUGUCAGACCAAGUCUUCAUUAUUCCAUAUCACACCUACCAAAUUCACAUAAUAUCACUGUGAAUGAACUUAGAGAUUUACCAGCAGAUCUGAAUAAUCUCCAAUCCAAAAUACCCCACCUUUCAGCAGAUUCUGAAGUAUUAGUGCUUUGCAGAUACGGAAAUGAUUCGCAGCUCGCAACCAGGCUAUUGAAAGAUAAAUUCAAUUUGAAAGAUGUCAAAGAUGUUAAAGGUGGGUUUUUCAAGUAUAUUGAUGAGAUAAAUCCAUCUUUACCUAAAUAUUAA